GCUGGAACCUGUAAGAAAAGGAAGAAGAGGAAGAAGAAGAAGGAUGCUGUACGUUAUAGGAUUGGGAUUGGGCGACGAGAAGGAUAUCACUCUCAGAGGGUUAGAAGCAGUGAAGAAGUGUGAGAAAGUGUUCAUGGAAGCUUACACUUCUCUGCUCUCCUUCGGCGUCUCCGACGACGGAAUCGCUACUCUGGAAAAUCUAUACGGGAAGCCGAUUACGAUCGCCGACAGGGAGAUGGUGGAGGAGAAAGCCGACGAGAUUUUGUCCGACGCUCGUACCUCCGAUGUCGCCUUCCUUGUCGUCGGAGACCCCUUCGGAGCUACGACGCAUAGUGAUCUAGUGGUUCGAGCUAGGGAAUUAGGGAUUGGGGUUAAGGUAGUGCACAAUGCGUCGGUGAUGAAUGCGAUUGGGAUUUGCGGGUUGCAGCUCUAUCGAUAUGGCGAGACUGUUUCGAUUCCGUUCUUCACUGAUGUUUGGAGGCCUGAUAGCUUCUACGAGAAGAUAAUGAAGAAUAGGGAGCUUGGACUGCAUACUCUCUGCUUGCUAGAUAUUCGAGUGAAAGAGCCUUCGUGGGAGUCCUUGUCGAGGGGGAAGAAGAAGUACGAACCACCAAGGUACAUGACGAUCAACACUGCAAUAGAGCAACUGCUGGAAGUUGUGCAAAAGCUCGGAGGAUCUGCAUACGAUGAAGAUACCGAUUGUGUUGGGUUCGCUCGUGUGGGAAGCGAGGAUCAGAUGAUAGUUGCAGGGCCAAUGAAGCAGCUUCUUUCCGUCGAUUUCGGGCUACCUUUGCAUUGCCUUGUGAUAACAGGUAAAACACAUCCACUGGAGGAAGAAAUGCUGAAUAUCUACCGGCUCAAUACAAACAACGAUUCAAACCAGAAAGAUGAUGGGUGUGUAUAGUUUACUUGUUGUCCAAACAACCACUGUAACCUGUUCAUUCGAGUUGUAAUCGAAAUCCCAAAUAUGUAACAUCGAAAUCUUGUUUUGCUUAUUGUAGUUCCUGCGAAAUUGAGUAACACAUAUGAAUAUGAUGUGCUCAACUAAUUUUGGCGCCAUUUUGUUACUUAAUUGUAUGACACUCUGUAAGCUAGCCGGAGAAAGCGAAACGGCGGGCAAGAGCUACUGUCCCUCAUCUCACCUAAUAACCGGAAGCCCUCCUCCCCAUUUAUUUUUCAGGUUUUUUUUUAUCCUUCUGUUUACAGGCUCUUAAUUUGUUACUGAAAGGCCCAAUAUUCGAAGUCCACUACGAUAGUAAGAUUGGGCCUUCUUAAGAGCCUCUUCAAACUGGGACCAGGUAUCAGCAAAGGCCUUGGCCCAACUUUGACACUGACAGCUCAACUGUUCGUUUUUUCUUCCAUACCUAACAACGUGCCCCCACUAAAUCAAUGGUUGCUUGAGAGUUGAGACUUGGAAAUUGGAAUCCUUUUCACCAACAUCCAAUAUCAUCGCCAAUUGAUGGAGUUUUUACUUGGACAUUUAGUAAUGUAGUUUAAUAGCAACAAAAAAAAAAAAAAAAUACAAUGUAGUUUAAUAG